AUGGCCUCCUGCAGCGCGCCCUCCCGCUCACCCACCUCCCAUCCCUUCACGCCGCACACCAACGCAAGCACGCCUCCUCCUCCUGCUCCAUCUCCACCCCUCCGCCGUGCCUUUCAUCCACGGAUCCACGCCAGCAAGCUUCUCCUGCGGCAGAGCCAUGCCAUCCUGUCCACAGAUCACGCCGGCACGCAUCCCCUUCGACCGCUCUACGGCGUCCUGUCCACGGAUCCAUGCCAGCACGCCGUGUCACCGCCCCCACCCUUCGGACGCGGCAUCCCGUCCACAGAUCCACGCCAGCUUGCCGACCAUUCGGUCUCGACGUUCAUGGAAUGUCGACUCCAGGAACCAGUGGGUUGCAGGCUGCAAGUUCAGGAGCAGGUGCAGCUCAAGCUGGAGGAGGACAAGAACCAGUUGUCCAAGGGCUUGGACCCUUGGAGCAACAACCCUACCGCCAACACCAGCACCCUGCACUACCUGCUCCAGGAGAAGGAGAGAGCGCAAGCGCAGGAGCAGCUCCAGAUCUACCACCAGCAAGGGUUCGGCUACCUCCAGCAUCACCAGAGGCAGCAGCAGCAGUCGAGGGCAGGAGCAGGCGGCGAUGGCGUCAGCAAUGGCGAGUCGACGCCCGUGGACGCUCUGGUGACCGCAUUCGGGAGCGGGCGCAUUGUGCGGUCCGCGGCCGGGCGAAAGGACCGGCACAGCAAGGUGUGCACGGCGCGUGGGCUGCGUGACCGCCGCGUCCGCCUCGCCGCGCACACUGCCAUCCGGUUCUACGACGUACAGGACCGCCUCGGCUACGACCGCCCCAGCAAGGCCGUCGACUGGCUCAUCCGCAACGCCCAGGCUGCCAUCGGCGAGCUCCCCGACCGGCCCGAUGGACCUCCUGCCUCGGAGGCUGCUGCGGAAGCCACUGAGCCGGCCGAACAGGUGACCUCGACGUCCUACGGCUUCGGCAACCACGGUGGCGCCAUCAGUGGUGUGGCCGGCUCUUUCAUUCCACAUUCCGUCGGCACGGAUGGUGCCUCUGGCAACGUCAAAUCCUUGUUCCCCUCCUCGUCGACAGCCAGCACCACCCCCGCCCACGACGAGUACAGGGGCUCCCCGCCGGACCUCCUGUCGCGCACGACCAGCAGCCAGCCGCAGGAGCUUUGCCUCACCCUCCAGUCUAACCAGCACCAGAUCUUUAGCCAUGCAUCCCCGAACCAUCACGGUAUGAUCUCUAGUGCAGGCGUCCCAGGUUGGCCGGAGCACAGCCAGAGAAUGCCUUCAUGGCAUGCCUCGGAGAUCAACAGCACGGGAGACGGACGCGGCGCCGGCAAUGGCGACAGCUACAUGUUCAGCAUGCCGCCGCGGCAAGGGCUAGACCAGAGCCAGCUCUUCUCCCAAAGGGAACCCCUUCAGUCCAGUGGCGGCUGGGCGUCUGCUCGCACUUGGCUAGACCCCCUUGCCGCAAUCCACCAGCCGUCCACAAUGGCCAGGCAGGUCGGGUUCAGCCAUCUGGUUGGCGGCGGCGGCGGGUUCAUGGGGUUCCUCUCGCCGGCGGCGGCUCAGCGGCUCCAGGGCGAGGAGGAGCAAGGAAGCGAAGCGAUGAGAAGAGACUGAUGAACUCACGUAUGGUGCACAUGAGGGAGGCAGGGCCAGGCAAGAAGAAGGGGGAAUCUGCCUGCUCUCUAUGCAUGCCUCUAUUAUUGGAAGUGAGUGGUAUCUUUAACCUCUUCCACUUUCCUCUUUCUUUUUCUUUCACUGUUUGGGGUAUCUUUCUGCUCACCAGAGACUGUGAAUCUUCUGAAAUUGCAUGUAUAGCAAGCCGUACCGGCCCCUGACAGUUGCAUAUCAAUAGCCUACUACUAUAAUUUGGCAGUGUAGCUCGCUCAGAACGCGCCGGUGUUUGUUUCUGGUUGUUUUUAGCCUAGGGACUUGCUUCUUUGCUUGUCAGCCUCCGUAUUCCUCUGAAUUUGUUUGUCAGUUGUUCAUGGAAGCGCAUGUCUUAUUCCCUCACAAGUCACAAUAACCUAUCAUAAUAAACUAAUAUAGUGUAUAUAAAUAGCUCUGAAAAAUCAUGAAACUGACUGAACUUUGGAUAGUUGAAACUUAUCGUCAUAUGCUCGGGAAACGCAUAGCAGAUCAUAAAUUCGUAUAUGGGAAAAUCCUUCUCUUUUUUUUUUCUGUUGCAGACUUGCAGUGUACGUAGUGGAAUGGCAAAGCUGCCGUUAGAGAAAAGCAUGAAGCGCUGUAGAGUUUUACUACUACCCCAUCUCUCUCCCCCCUGUUCUGCAUUGGAGCUCAGCUUGCUCGGACACCGAAGAUGGUAGAUAAAAGCAUGGCACACAAUGAUUGUAGGCUCUCUUUCCCAUUUGAAGAUGCUGAGGAUAGGUCACUUUCUACUGCCAUAGGAGCAGAUCGCCAGUUGCCAGCUACACCACUCUCUUUUGCAUAUAGUGCUCACAGACAGUUGUACUUUGUCGUUCUAGCUUGUAAAUAAAAUAAAAUAGUAAAAGGCAUGCAUGCUCACUGCAACUACUAGUCUACUACGCCAACACGAGAGGCAUAGUUUGGAACACGGU